GGUUUCCCAAAAGCAAAAGGUCGUAUAUGCUGGCGGAUACGACCUUUUGCCAGAGAAGGCCAUUUUUGACAUAUACGACCUUUUGGUUUUAAACACGCGAUAUUAAGUCUUGUUUCCUCCCAAGUGUUUGAGAAAUAAUCGAAGAAUCAAUAUGAAGAAAUUACUCAAUUAUGUCGUGUUUCUACUCACGUUAUGUUUCCUAUGUGAUCUGUACAAUUCGCUUAGAAUUCUCGGAGUAUUCCCGUUGCUGACUAAAAGUCACUUCCAAAUGUAUGGAUCACUUAUGCGUGAAUUGGCCCGACGAGAGCAUCAGGUUGAUGUGAUUGGAGCGUUUCCUCUUAAAAAACCAAUACUCAAUUAUCGGGAUAUUGUCAUCAACUCCAUUUCACCACAAUCAAUUAUCAGUAAUGUUAGCUACACUGAUACACUUAAAAUAGACAGUAGGUCAAUGACGUAUUUGGCGGUAAUUCUGGGAAUAGAAAUUUGUGAGGUAUUAAAAGAUCCUAAUAUCCAAGAAGUGAUACACACCAAAAAGGGAGCAUAUGAUGUCAUUAUUGUGGAGUUACUAUUCGCGGAUUGCUUUUUGGCCCUUGGACAACAUCUCAAUGCGCCGAUUGUGGCAACCAGUUCCUGCCAAAUACCCGAUUGGCUGCUGACAUCAUUUGGCAAUUAUCUGAACCCUUCGUACAUGCCAAGCAUCAUCUCAAGCUCGGGUCAACGUAUGACAUUCUGGGAGCGAUUGCAGAAUACUCUGCUCACCAAUGUUCUCACUUAUGAAGUCUAUAGUUACAUAGAGACAGAAGUGGAGCAUGUCGAGAGAUAUUUUGGGCGCAAGCUGAAUUCGAUAAAGGAUCUCUACAAUGACGUUUCUAUCAUUCUUGUCAAUGAACAUUACAGUAUUAAUGGAAUUAAACCUAUGACCCCUGAUAUAAUUGCAGUCGGGGGACUACAUGUGGGCAAUGGUGAUCAGGAGCUGAGACCGGACUUGAAAAAAUGGUUGGAUGAGAGUGCUGACGGCUGUGUGUACUUUACAUUCGAUGUCAAGAUAUUUUAUGAAAUGGUUGAGAAAAUCGCACCAGUGAGAGUUCUUGUCAAAAUAGUUGAUCCUAUGGCUUUCCCUCCGGGCCUACCAAAGAACGUGAAGACAUCAUCGUAGCUGCCGCAAGUGGCUAUAUUGAAGCACAAGAACGUGAAAUUAUUCAUCACUCACGGAGGAUUGCUGGGAACUCAAGAAGCUAUUGCAUAUAAAGUUCCGCUGGUCGGUCUUCCCCUCUUCGGUGACCAAUACGCAAAUAUAAUGCUCAAUGAUCCAAGUUAUAGGAAUAAUAUUGAAAAGAUAUCAAAACUAUUUUGGGAUCGACCGAUGAGUACUAUCGAUACAGCUGUUUACUGGAUCGAGUAUACGGCAAGAUAUGGGAAAGUAUUGAAGUCCCCAGCUGUUGAAUUGGCUUGGUGGGAAUUCUAUCUGAUAGACGUUUAUGGAUUCCUCUUAAUGUGUCUUGGUGUUGCCCUCUACAUCAUCACGAAGAUUUUAGCCUUCACAUGGGCGAGUGUGAUUCGUAAUGAUGACGGGAAGUAUUCAAAUAAUGUAUCGACUGAAAUUGUCGAUAACAAGAAGUUCAAUAUGGAAAUAGUGAACGAUAUAAAAUCCGUAAAGAUCUCUGAAGAAUCCAUCUGUCCAAGAUAUCAUUACUCCCAUGUGACCCUUAAGGUACUUCCGCACGCUUUGAAGAUCCUCGGAGUCUUUCCGCUCAGGGCAAAGAGUCACUUUGCAAUGUUUGGCGCCCUGUCGAGAGAGUUGGCGCGACGAGGGCACCAGAUUGACGUGGUAGGGAUCUUUCCCCCUGAAAAACCACUACCCAAUUACAGACACAUUGACAUCCGUUUGGACAAACAAUUAAACCUCCCCCCCAAUGUGAGUUACGAUGCGGCUAUGGCACUCAGAGGAGUGUCUAUGACUCAGCUCGCGCAAUUUUGCGGAGUUGAUGCUUGUGAAUCGUUGAGUCAUCCUAAUAUGCAGGAAGUCUUGAGAACUAAGAAAGGAACGUACGAUGUGAUAAUUAUUGAGGUAGUCCUAGCGGAUUGCUACCUGCCUCUUGGACGGCAUCUCAAUGCACCUGUUGUGGGAAUCAUUUCAUUGAAAGCACCGGAUUGGGUGCUGGAACCUUUCGGGAAUUCCGUGAACCCCUCGUACAUGCCGAGUCUUUAUGGAAAAGCUAGUCAAUACAUGACGUUUUGGCAGCGAUUGAUGAACACAUUGAUUACCCACUCUGUCAUAGCACAGGCUAGGUACCACUUGGAUGCUCAGACCAAGUAUGUGGAGAAGUAUUUUGGAAGAAGAGUGGGAUCGAUGAAGGAGCUAUAUGACGAGAUUUCGUUGGUACUCGUUAAUGAACAUUUUAGCAUGAAUGAUAUCAGACCUACGACGCCGGAUCUUAUUGGAGUUGGAGGACUCCACGUGGUGGAUGAUGGUAAAAAACUGCCCCCGGACUUGCAAAAAUGGUUAGACGAGAGUACCCACGGUUGCGUCUACUUCACAUUCGGUUCGAUGGUCCACAUCGAAAGUUUCCCAGAGAAAACAAUCAAAAUAUUUUACGAAAUGUUUGAGAGAAUAGCACCGGUGAGAGUUCUUGUCAAAAUAUAUAAUCCUGCGGCUCUUCUGCCUGGUCUACCGAAGAAUGUAAAGACAGCAAAGUGGAUGCCACAAGUGCCUAUAUUGAAACACAAGAACGUGAAAUUAUUCAUCACUCACGGAGGAUUGAUGGGCACUCAAGAGGCCAUUGUGUACAAAGUUCCGAUGGUGGGUAUUCCUCUCUUCGUAGAUCAACCCGUGAAUAUGGCGACCUACGAGAGUAAGAAAAUUGCGAUUUCUUUGGAACUUGAGGAUAUCACUGCUGAUUCACUGACGAAUGCUGUGAAGACUGUGCUUAAUGACCCGAGUUAUAGGAGAAAUAUAGAGAAGAUGUCUAAGCUAUUCUUGGAUCGACCGAUGAGCGCUAUGGACACCGCUAUCUACUGGGUGGAAUACACAGCUAGAUACGGAACAAUCCUGAAAUCUCCGGCACUUGAGUUGACCUGGUGGCAAUUUUAUUUGUUGGACGUUUAUGGAUUCCUCAUAAUGUGUCUUCUCAUUGCUCUGUACAUCAUCCGGAAGAUUGGGGUGUUAUUGGUGAGGAUGGUGUUAUCAGGGGAAAAUCAAAAAGAAUUUUCUACUUCGAAGAAGCGUAAAUGAUUUGAAAAUGCGUUAUCACAUCGUUUCGUUCCAAUUAUUGUCAUCUUAGAUCAUUGAAAUUGUGCAGAACUGCCAUCAAUGUUCAUUUGUACGAUCAUUUUGUUUAAUAAAACUUGAGAAAUUGUCUCAGAA